GUUAGGUUCGGAAAAAACGCAUGGAUGACGAGAAAAGUAUUUAAUUUUUAAAUAAGUGGCUAGUGAAAAGUGCUUAAAAAUGGUGCGACAUAAUAAUCAGUUGCCCAACAACUUGACGCAAUUGCAAAACUUGAUCAAGAGAGAUCCAGAUUCAUACAAAGAAGAGUUUCAGCAGCAGUAUGCGCACUUUGAGACUACGUUGGAGAUAUUUAACUUGAACCCCACACAAUAUAAUAAAAAACUUGAUGAACAGGCAAUGUUUCUUGCCCAAGUGGCUCAGUGCUAUCUAAAGGAUAUGACCGCAUUUCCCCAAAAAAUCGUGGACGUAUUGAAAACGCAUAACACAAUUUUGCACAAUGAUAUGAGAUUGGCUCUAUGCAAAUGCUUGAUUUUACUCAGAAACAAGAACUUUGUAACUCCAUUUGACUUACUGGAGCUCUUCUUCCAGUUGCUAAGGUGUCAAGACAAAAAUUUAAGAGAAUUUCUUAAGACACACAUAAUAACUGAUAUCAAGAAUAUGAAUAUGAAACACAAGGACAUGAAGUUAAAUUCUACAUUGCAAAACUUUAUGUUCUCUGUACUGAGAGAUACCAAUGCGAAGGCUGCCAAGCUAUCUGUGGAUAUUUUAAUUGAACUGUAUCAUAAGAACCUGUGGAAUGACAGUAAGACUGUAAAUAUCAUUGCUGAGGUUGGCUGCUUCUCCAAGAUAACUAAGGUCAUGGUGGCUUCUCUAAAAUUCUUCCUUGGACGAGAUGAAGCAGAGAAAGAGGAAAACUCUGACAGUGAGGAUGAGAUUGACCCACGGGAUACAAUGAUAUCCAAUAAGUUCAACAAGAAGACCAGAAAAAGGGAAAAGAUGGUUGAAAAGGUAAAGAAAAUAGCCAAGAAGAAGAAAAAGAAGGACAAAGCCCCCGCAUUCAGCUUUUCUGCCCUCCACCUCAUCAACAACCCUCAGGGUUUUGCAGAGAAACUGUUUAAGCAAGUAGAGUCAUCAAAUGAAAGAUUUGAGGUUAAACUUAUGGGAUUGGAUGUGGUGUCUAGACUUAUUGGAUUACACAGUUUGUUCCUGUUUAAUUUCUAUCCCUUUGUGGCAAGGCUUCUGUUACCCCAUCAAAGAGAAGUGACCAGAAUACUGCAGUUUGCAGCUCAGGCAUCACAUGAGCUGGUACCACCAGAAGUGAUUGAGCCAGUGAUGAAAGCUAUUGCCAAUAACUUCAUCACUGAAAGAAAUUCUACUGAUGUGAUGGCUGUUGGGCUCAAUGCAGUGAGGGAAAUAUGUGGCAGAUGCCCCCUCGCUAUAACUGAGGACUUGCUGAGAGAUUUGGUGCAAUACAAGAGCUAUAAAGAAAAAUCUGUGAUGAUGGCAGCAAGAUCCCUUAUCCAACUAUUCAGACAGACCAUGCCUGAUAUUCUACACAAAAAGGACAGAGGCAGACCAACAGAAGCAUCUGAACAACUCACUUCAAAGAAAUAUGGUGAAAUUGAUAUAAAAGACUAUAUUCCAGGGUCUGAAGCACUGUUAGAGAAAGAAGAAAUUAAAGAUACUCGAAAACAGGUGAAGGGCAAAAAAAGAAAGAACCAAAAUGAUUCUGACAGUGAUGACUGGGUGGAUGUAGGUUCAUCAGACUCAGAGGUGAAUAUAUCUGACAGUGAUGAGAGUGAGGAAGAGGAGGUAUCAGAAGAGGAAGAAGAGGAGGCAGAAGAGGGAGAUGAAGAUGAAGAAGCAGCAGAUGAGGAAAGUAAGGAGAAAGAACCGAAACCGACAGAUGAAAAUAAAGAACAAAGGAAAGUGCUGAAAGCUAAGAGAAAACUCACUAAAGAAGAAAUGGCUGAAAAAAUUAAUACUGCUAGAGAAAUAGCAAUGGAGAAAAUAUUUGAUGAUGAAGAUUUCAAAAGAAUAGAAAAAGCGCAACUAAAGAAACAUAUUACAGGAGUUAAAAGAAGUAAAGCAGUUGUUGAUGAGGACGAAGAACAGAAUGGUGAGCUGGUUGAGCUGUCUGCUAUUGAAAAUAUCCAUAAGAAGAGGAAACACGAUAAGAAUGCGCGUUUGGAAUCAGUCAUGAAAGGCAGAGAAGAGAGGGACAAGUUCGGUUACAAAGAUCGCAGGAAGAACAUCCACUGCUCUAAAACCAACAGAGAGAAAAGGAAAACCAAGAACUACCAGAUGGUGAAACACAAGGCCAAGGGCAAAAUAAAGAGGUCCUUCAAAGACAAACAAAUAGCGUUUAGAAACUAUUUGAUAAAACAAAAGAAAAUGAAAUAAAAACACUGUUG